UUUCUAGCGCCUUCUAGAGGAAGACAUCUGCCGACGCCUUCUCCAGACCACAUGGUGGCAGUAAGUAAUGCUACUUUUGUGUUUAUUAAGCAACACAACAAAGCUGGGGAGGAAGGACGCGGGCAAUUCACUAGAGCGCUUUUUGUUUAGGUGACGCAUAUGUCACAGUCAGCGCAGCCCGGCGCGAUGCCCUCAGCCCCGGACUCCCCAUCACUGAACGUGACCGUGAGCGGGAAUGUGCAGAAAUACAGCAUCAAGAAGAAAAAGGUCCUAAACGCGGAGGAGACUGAGCUGUUCGAGCUCACUCAGGCUGCUGGGAUAGUCAUUGAUCAAGAGGUUUUCAAGAUCAUAGUGGACCUGUUAAAGAUGAACGUUGCUCCUCUGGCAGUCUUUCAGACCCUAAAGACCAUGUGUGCGGGACAGAAGGUCUCUGAAACAUCCACCGGUGACACAUCCACAGUGUCCCACACUGCCACUGCGCCUUCUGAGUCUAGAGAAGAGGAGGGUGUGGUCUCAGGCAAGAGCGCUAAAACUGCAGCCCCUCCCUCUGCAUCUGUGCCCCGCCCACCUAGGGGAGGGGCUAAGAUAGUGGUCUACAGUGCGGGCGACACGAGUGCUCCUGUCUCUCAAGUACGCAGUAAAACAAGUUCAGGGCAAGGGGAGAAAUCGGCAAGAGAUGGUUCUAGCCAGCGAGUGCCACGGCAGGUCAGCGCCACCAGAGGGCAGAAGAGCGCCAAGAGCUCAGGCAGCAGCAGCUCGUCUUCUCAGCUCACUUCCAACUGAAGUUCUAAAUAAACAAAACAAAACAAA